AUGGCUUCGUACCUUGUCACCGGAGCUGGUCGUGGUCUCGGCUUGGAGCUGGUGAAUCAGUUACGACAACUUCCGAAGCCGCAGGUAUCUGUGAUAUUGGCGGCGACCAGAUCUGAGCCUUCGGGUGCACUUCAGAAACUGAUCGAUAGCUCGGGAGGAAGAGUCGUCCAUGUCUUGAUGGCCGUCUCGGAUAAGGCGAGCAUCAAUGCCGCCGUGCCCGAGAUCGAGAAGAAACUUGGUGGCAAAGGACUCGAUGUUCUCAUCAACAAUGCUGGAGUCAUGCCAAGCGCUCCAGGUGGAAUCGCUACCAUGGAUAAUUUGCAAUAUGCAUUCGAAAUCAAUGUUCAGGCUGUACAUGACACCAUGGCAGCUCUUUUACCAUUGCUGUCGAAGGGAGAGCAGAAGAAAAUCAUUAAUAUUUCCUCUACCCUCGGCUCCAUCGCCUACGGUCCUCGCUUCUCUCAGGCACCGGUACCCGCCUAUAAGAUCACAAAGGCCGCAUUGUCAAUGUUAACCGUUCAAUAUGCCAUGGAGUACGAGAAGGAAGGUUUUACAAUCUUUCUGGUCUCACCGGGGUGGUUAAGGACGGACAUGGGCAGCGAACAUGCUGACUUAGAAGUCGAGGUUGGCGCCAAAGCGGUGCUCGAUAUCUUGCUCAAGAGCUCUCCCGAGACCAAUGGAAAAUUCCUCAACAUUCACGUCCCAGGUUGGGAACAUAAAGAAGGACCAAAUCAGUACGACGGAGCUAUUGUGCCCUGGUGA